GAUAACAGUGGACAAGCGAAAGUUAUGGGGUGAUGAUUGUCAUGCAAACAUGAUUGUGAAAGCCAUGAGAAAAAGAGAAAGAUUGCAAUUUAUAUUUUUGAAUUAUCCUUCUCAUUUAAUGAAAAAUUAUGAAUACAUUUUCUUUACGAAGAAGUUUAAUUCAUUAUUUAAGCACUCACUAAAUCAACCAUAAUAUAAUGCUUCACAGGAAAAUAGAAAUUUUCUUUGCUUUUGAGCGUGAAUAUAAAUCAGUUUUCAAGAACUUGAUGUAUUUUAUUAAAUUUAUGCUUCGUAGCAUCCCUCCAUAAUAUUUGGGAAGUAUGCUAUGAUGAGUCAUGUUACUUAUUUUUGCUGUGGGAUGAGAGUGGCUGCCUGCGUGUUCAAGUAUAUUUCUGCUCCUUCUAACCACAUGUAAUCCUAUGCAUUGCUUUGUUUAUCCAGUCAGAUGGGUAAGAAAAAGAAAUGGAAUCGACCCCUCUGUGAUAACACUAACCAGUGCUUCCCUCAGGGGGAGUUCUGUAUUAAUGUAGAACACCCGGAUUCCAAUAACUUUCAGACUUUCGAGCCACGUCUAGGAGUGACAGUGCCCAACUGGUCAAGACCUUCUAUACAGUCUCAGCUGCGGUGCGAAAUAUGCGAGCGCGUAUUCCAGUAUCCUAGUCAACUGCGCGAUCAUAUGCUAAUUCAUACUCGUGUGCGGCGAUUUGUUUGUCAAGUAUGUGGAAUGAAGUUUAUGAAAGAGCAUCAUCUUAAAGCUCAUCAAGCUACUCAUAGCUCGGUGAAGCCUUUCGCUUGUCCCAUAUGUGGACGCACAUUUACAUUAAAAGCAAACAUGGAAAGACAUACAUACAUACAUAACACAGAACGACGUUUCACUUGCGAUCAGUGUGGGAAAAAGUUCUCUCAGCCACAAACAUUAAAAAUGCACAUGAUUUCACACUCUGAUGUGAAGCCAUUUGCCUGCAACAUCUGCGGGAAAGGUUUGUCCAGGGCACAUAAUCUCAGAGCGCACAUGGCGAUCCAUCGGAAUAACAAACCUUUCAAAUGCCAUCUUUGUAAUAGCUCUUUCACACUGAAAGGAAACAUGCAAAGGCAUCUUAAAGAAAAACAUGGUGUGACGGAAGCCGAGAUACCUCAACAUCAAGAACCGGCCCCAAGUUUGUCCAGCGAAAGUUUCAUCUUGUCACUAGAUCCAGCCGAUGCAGUAGGUUCGCCUACAGGAUCCAGAAUUAGUGAGGAGGACAUGUCUCAGAACUGUAACCACAACCAAGCUGCUGAUCUACCUCAAAACAAUAAACGCAGGAAAAAUCCCCCCAAAAGAGUGAAAUGCGAAACUCCAAACAGCGAACAUGAGAACAUUAGUAAAAGUUCACCCAGUGAUCAGGAUCACCAUCGCCAACCAGAAUACCAGGGUGUUCCAGUGUCAACUGUGAACAAUGUGAUGCCCGCUCCAAAUAAUUUCCAGCAAGUUCAGUCAAACACACUAGUGCCAGUGAACAACUCUUUUCCUUCCAGUUCACAGUUACAGCUGUGUAAUCCUCCUCUAAAUGUGGGAAAUCCGUCAGAUCAUAAACCAUUUACUCCAUGUGCUUUGCCUUUACAAGCGAGUUUAGGGCAUUCCAGCUUUGGACCUGUGUCAGUGGCUAGUUUCUUGCCCAGGCCUCCUGGGUUCUAUGCAGACAGUGGCAUGCUGACAGUUCCGCCAAAUCCAUUCCCAAAUGAAAAUGUAGAAUCCAAGCUUCAGACGAUUCAUUCAGCUAUUGAUGAUUUAGCGGGUAAACUAUCUUCUCCACAUGAGAAGGUUAUGGCGAUACAUGAAGCUCUGGACGAACUCAUACAUUUGCGUCCAGAAAAUCCAGCAAAUAACUUUAGAUGUGUCAAAAAUGAAAGAAUGGGAAAUUAAACGAUUUUUUAGGGGAAAGAUUAUAGUUUUUAUUAAUUUUCUUGUUGAUGCCUGCUAUUAACAAAACAUUCCAAAAUGACACCUUUAUUUUCGGGACUAAGUAAAAAUGCUGUUAAAUAAUAAAAAUUUCCUUGUGACUUUAUCCAGUUGCUUGUUUUAUAUUUAAAUUUUCAAUCUUACCCAUCUUAAUAUUAAAAAUACCUGUUACAGCAAAUGGAUCAUAAUAAUUUCAUUGCUCUCUACAUAGAUA